AUGGCCCAAUGUAGUGACAAGGCUCCGUGCCCCACUGAAUGUGACCCCAAGCUCCAGUCAAGUGACACCAACUGGGAUUCCUAUGCUACCACCAUGAAGACAGCAUUCACGCCUAAAGCAGGAGCGGUGGCCAAUUUAAUACGUCCAAAGAGCACCAGAAGAUUGGGCUACACCUACUCACUUAGUGAUCCUAUUCUGAAUCAGACACUUUACAGUGACGAAUAUUCUUGGAAAACAUAUGCGAAAGAAAAAAUGAUAAAAAGUGGGACUUCAAGAGGAAUAAGGACCCAUAAAGCGCAUCUCGGUCAAGAAUUCUUUCAGUGGACACUCCCCAAAGGGAAACCAACCCACACCCUCCCCUGGAUAGUCCCUCCACCCAUGGAAAAAGUCCGGGAGGCGAUAGCAAAUCAGUUUGUUUCCCACACCAAGAGGGACUUCGUGGAUGUGACUCAAGCUAAGAAGACCAUGAAAUCUUUUCCCAUGUCUCUGGACUGGAAAGAAUUCCUUCCCCGACCUUUGGACACCGAAUUCCGGCACCAUUACCAAAUUCCAGCUAAGAUUCCCGAACUGCAGGAUUUUAGUUUCAAAUAUGGAUGCUACUCGAGCCUGCCUGUCGCUUCCCAGGGUCUAGUGCCCUCUGUGCUGCGUAGCUACAUACGGAACCAGGAACGCACGAAGAAUCAGACCACGUACGAGAGUGACUAUGGGAAAGACUGCCUGGACUUCUUGAUGAUCUUAGACUCGUUCUCCCCCUCCCAAAUCCACAAGUAUCUGCAAAGUGUUUCCUACAAAGACAGACAAAUUCUUGAUCGCUUCAUCCAUUCUCAUUGUAACAUUGGUGAGGGGAAAAUUGGGAAAGGGAAACGAAGCCGCGGGAAGAGACCCUGA